AAAAAAGAAGAGAGUAUGAGAAUAAUAAACAUUUUCCACAGCUCAGAACCAUCAUGGCUGCUCUGCUCCUCUUGCUUUCGUUCGCGAUCCUCCACUUGAGGGCCUCAGCCAAGAAUCCGGUACUUGCAGAGAACCAAGAGGUCUUAACACAUGCGAGCGAAGCAGUGAACGCCGUGCUCGACACCGUCUCCGAUUCGUCCUGUUCUCUCGUCUUCCUCUCCGAUGGCUCGACUUCCUCCUCUUCUAUCUACAGUGUUUAUCAGGUGUCGUCGAUGUCAGCAUAAGCGAUCUAAUGUGAAUGGAAAAACACUCUACCGUGUUGAUACUAUGGUAGAAAAAAACACAAUGCACAAACUAGAUUUAUUGAAGAAAGUGAGACAACAGUUUCGGAAUCGUAGAUCUAGAUUGCACUAUAAAUGAGCUACACACAGCAAGAACAACUGCUCUGUUAAAAUCUCAGCAGUCGGAUUUAUUACAUCAAUUUGAUUAUAUUGAUUAACAAGGGAAUGGUCAUGAGUUUGUUAUUCGCAUGAUCUUUAUGCUCGACAGAAAGUGCAGAGUCUAGGCGGCCCAAUGGGGGUCGGUGUUUUUGAAGUGACGCGGGAAAGACUCAACGACAAUGACACCGAAGCCCAGGCAGUCCACAUCAUGAAAAGAGUCAGGGAGCUCCGCCUCCUCUCCUGGUGCGUGACUGUGCUGGCCGUGAGCGAGGAGCCUCAGUUCCUGGCGUCGGUGGCGGCGUGGGCGCUGCGGAAUCGCCUCCUGGUGUGGGCCACGAGACUCCUGGUCCUCACGCGCCUUCCCCUGGAGGACCUAAGGCACGUCAUGGUCUCCCACUGGACCUUUUCUAUGAUGAAUGCCAUGGUUCUCAAUGUGGAGGAGAGGACGGAGUUUGCAAGUUGUGGUCUGUAUGUACAUCUGCCGUACAGCGACCAAGGGCCUUCGACGGUGAGAGUGGCCACUUGGUCUCGAGCGCGGGGACUGCAGCUCCUCUCCCCUCUUUCUCUCUUCCCGCAGAAGUUUCUGAACUUUCAUGGGGCUACCGUGAACGUGACCGCCUUGCCCUUCCCGCCCUACUGGGACACGGUAGAGGAGAGCUCCCCUGACGGCACCACGACCAAGGGGUUCACGGGGACAGACUACCUCAUGCUGGAGGCCAUAGCGGGGGCACUCAACUUUUCCAUUCGUGUUCUUCCUACUGCCAACUGGGACGAGGUGACGGACCGCGUGGAGGACCGGACGUCCUUCCUCGCCAACGUGAUCUACGCCGUGUUCCCGAACCGCCUCCUCCGCUACGACUACUCCUACAUGUUUGAGUACGCCUUCCACGCCUUCACCAUGGCCAAGCCCGCCCUCAAGCCCCGCUGGCAGAGCUUAUAUUACCCUCUAACUGAUGGCGUCUGGGCUGCCAUCUUGGCCGUCGUAAUAAUCAUGCCUCUACCCUUAAUACUGAUCGUCCGCUUCGGGACCGACGACUUCACAAAGGGCGCCAUCGGUCCUAAACUUGCGGUGCAGGAGAUCAUUCGGACUCUGCUGGGCCAGGAUCUCUCCGGGUACUUCCCCAGCACCCACUCUUGCCGCCUCCUGCUGGCGCUGUGGCUCGUGUUCGCCUUCAUCGUGGGGACGGCCUAUCGUGGCAACCUCACUGCCUCCCUCACUGCCCCUAAGUAUCCCGCUCGCCCAGAGACCCUCAAGGAACUAGUCAGUGCAGGAGCCAGGUUUGUUAACGGAUCUUUCACAUGGGAGUCUCAGGGGUAG